AUGGGCUAACCGGGCUAACGCCUCUGUGUUCUGAAUGUUCUAAAACGUCUCUGGAUAACGUUAGCCUGGGAAAGCGGAGUCAUAUGAGCAGGCAGGCAGGCAGCCAGGCAGAGUGGCGGACUGACAGGCCGACUUGUGUUGUCGGUAGGCGGCUUCAUCCCAUGGUAGGCGGUGGCAGAGGCUUUGCGGAAGUGUAUGAAAGCGGAGUCAUAUGACUAGCGACUCGAGCGCCGGAAAAAAUGCUACCUAGAUAUGGAUAACAUUCCUAGGACACGGUGACUAACAACCACAACGAAAACGAUGGAGGAGAUUAAAGUGUCCCCUGACUAUAACUGGUUCAGAAGCACAGUGCCCCUGAAAAGAAUCAUUGUGGAUGAUGAUGACAGUAAGGUGUGGUCGCUGUAUGACGCCGGCCCCAAGAGCAUCAGGUGUCCCAUCAUCCUGCUGCCCCCCGUCAGCGGGACAGCUGAGGUGUUCUUCCAGCAGGUGCUGGCUCUGACAGGGUGGGGCUACAGGGUCAUCUCGCUGCAGUAUCCUGUGUACUGGGAUCUCAUGGAGUUCUGUGACGGCUUCCGGAAGCUUCUCGAUCACCUGCAGUUAGAUAAAGUCCAUCUGUUCGGAGCGUCCCUGGGGGGGUUCUUGGCUCAGAAGUUUGCAGAGUGCACACACAAGUCUCCCAGAGUGCACUCUCUCAUCCUGUGUAAUUCAUUCAGUGACACCUCCAUCUUUAACCAGAUGUGGACAGCAAACAGUUUCUGGUUGAUGCCAGCGUUCAUGUUGAAGAAGAUUGUUCUGGGGAACUUUGCUAAAGGACCUGUGGACCCCAAAAUGGCAGAUGCAAUUGACUUCAUGGUGGACAGGUUGGAGAGUCUGAACCAAAGUGAGUUAGCAUCGCGGCUAACACUCAACUGUCAGAACUCUUAUGUGGAGCCGCACAAAAUAAAAGAGGUCGCUGUGACCAUCAUAGAUCGUGUCUCUCUGAAUGUCGAGGUGUUUGAUCAGAGCGCUCUGUCACUGGAGGCCAAGGAGGAGAUGUAUAAACUGUACCCUAAUGCGAGGAGAGCUCACCUGAAAACAGGAGGGAACUUCCCCUACCUGUGCAGGAGCGCCGAGGUCAACCUCUACAUACAGAUCCACUUGCGUCAGUUUCACGGGACGAGGUACGCCGCCAUCAGUCCGUCUAUGGUGAGCGCAGAGGAGCUGCAGGUGCAGGAGAGCCAGCUUUCUCAGCAUGAGGACGACGACCAAUCAGAGGAUUCCUGCCUGCAAGCUGACCAAUGAGAGGAAAGGAUGUUCCCUCUCCAUCCUUUCAUAGGACGUUCUCCACUUUUCUAUGGAGCGAGUCAACUGAGAAUAUUUUUAUUCAACAGAUGCAGCAAUAUUUUGAUAAUGAAUUGUAUAUAAAUGAUACUCUGCCGCUUUGCUUUAAAAACCUACAACACUUUGCCUUACGUGGAAUGAAAAUGAUAAUUGUUGCACUCAUAAACUGCCUGAACUGUUCCUGCCUGAACUGUUAAUGUCUAUGUGUAAAAUAAAUACUGGGCACCAGCCAGCGGUGAACUGGUCCCCUGUGAGCAGAGAUGGACAGCGUGCUGAUGGACUGACUUUCCACGGUGUGAGCAGCAGGAGUGUGUUCAACUGCCAAAGCUUCAGCCACUGAAACGUGAAGGUCACUGGAUGAUUUUGAAAUGUGAGGCUUCAGAAAGAUGCACAAUGUUUAUUCAAAUCUGAACUACAGACAUGUUACACUCUUUCUCUGCUCCUGAACACUUGAAAAAUAAAUGAAAUUAUGUGCUGUGCAUUUUAUAAGA